AUGUGUGGCAUCUUUUUCUCCAUCGCAAGAGAUCGCCCAUGUCUGCCCGACCCUAGGAUCGUAUCGAAUUUACAGGCACGAGGACCUGACAGUUACAGAGUCCUGAAUGCCACAGUGUCUCCUGCUCUGGCAGAGAGCGUCCACUUGACAUUUGUCUCUUCAGUAUUAGCACUACGGGGCGAUGUUAUUCAGCAGCAACCUCUGUGUGACCAUGACUCCGGGUCCAUUCUGUGCUGGAACGGCGAGGCCUGGAAGAUUGAUGGAGUCGCCAUUGAAGGGAAUGACUCUGCACAAGUGUUUGAUCUUCUCCUACAAGCCUCCCAGAGCACUGAACCAGCGGCCCAUCAGCGAAUCUGCGACGUGCUCACCAACAUUUCAGGGCCUUUCGCAUUUGUCUUUUACAACGCACUGACUUCUACUGUCUAUUAUGGCCGAGACAGACUAGGACGUCGCUCAUUGCUCGUCAACCAGUCUGAUGAUCAGUCGCUGACGCUGGCUAGUAUCGGCGUACCCAAUAGCAAGACACCGCAUCUCGAAGUCAGUCCUGAAUCAAUUCACUACAUCACGUUCGAGAAGAGUUCCAUCAAGACCGGUGAGCUCCCCUGGCUCAAUGCGCCGCCCGCGAUUAAUAAGGAGGUGCCCACCCAACCACCAGCCUUGAUCCCAUCAGCCCUUAGUGUGACACAGUGUUUGACCCAGUUGAGAGAGGCGCUUGAAUUCAGGGUUGUCGACAUUCCCGACCAUUCACAUUCGCAAGUCCGUCCAGGAUCUGCCAAAGUGGCCUUACUCUUCUCCGGCGGGCUGGACUGUACCCUUCUGGCACGCCUUGUACACGAUAUCCUACCAACAAAUGAGCCUGUCGACUUACUGAACGUCGCUUUCGAAAACCCGCGCUCCAUCGCUGCAAACGUCAGUCGCACGAAGUCGCCCUACGAACUCUGUCCCGACCGCAUCACAGGCCGCUCCAGUUUCUCCGAACUCUGUGAAGUUUGUCCGGCCAGAAAAUGGAGGUUCGUGGCCAUCAACAUCCCUUACUCGGAAGUGGUUGCCCACCGACCGACCAUAAUACGGCUGAUGAGUCCUCACAACACUGAAAUGGAUCUCUCGAUUGCAAUGGCACUCUACUUCGCCGCUCGAGGACGGGGCGUAUCAUCGGAGAAUCAGCAGGGGCCUGAUGUUACUGAGGCAGACUUUUCGUCUACAGCUCGAGUCCUCCUGUCGGGUCUUGGGGCGGAUGAAUUGUAUGGAGGCUAUUCGCGCCACUCUGCUGCUUUCGAGCGUGGCGGCUAUUCCAGACUUGCCGAUGAGCUUGAAAUGGACAUCAACCGUAUUGGAUCACGCAACCUGGGUCGAGAUGAUAGGGUCAUAAGCCACUGGGGCAAGGAAGUCCGAUAUCCUUACCUGGAUGAGGAUUUCGUCAGAUUUUCUUUGCAUCUCCCUGUCUGGGAGAAAACCGGUUUCCGGCCAGGGAAGAAGGUACCAAAACAUUAUGAAGACGCCUUGCAGGUGGACAUACCGGAAAACCUCGAGCCGGCAAAGCUGCUGUUGAGGUUGGCCAUGUGGCAGCUGGGGAUGAAAAGAGCUGCUACAGAGAGGAAACGAGCGAUCCAGUUUGGCGCGAGAACAGCAAAGAUGGAUAUUGGCAAGGGCAGGACCAAGGGGACGGACACGCUCGUCGCAGAUGGAUGA